AUGGUGAUGCUGCGAGCCUCCACAGUAGCAAUACAUUUCCUCAUGAAGAAUGUAAUUCGAGGUGAAAUUCGGAUGAAGGAUUCUGCGGAUUUCGAAAAGUCUUCUUCUUCUUCUUCCUCCUCUUCCAGAUCCUCGAACUUUUCUGUGUCUCCAGAAAUUCCUUCUCAUUCUCAGUCGUCUUCUUCUUCCUCCUCUUCCAGAUCCUCGAAUUCUUGUGUCUCCAGAAAUUCCUUCUCCUUCUCAGUCUUCUUUUUAUUCUUCCUCUUCUUCUUCUUCCUUCAGGAUCUGCCAGUGUUUGCUUGGCUCCUAAGUAUUGGAAAAUUGUCAUUUAUGGCUAUUAUAACCACCGAGUUUUUGAAGUCUUUUGGAUCACCUGCCUGCUCUGAACUUGAUGGCGGCAGUGUGAGUUUAACUCAUCAUAUGGAUUCCAAUCUGAGGACUUUCAAUGCCUGCUCUGAAUGUGAUGGCAGCAGCGAGAGUUCAUCUUGUGAAUUGGAUCCUAAUCUGAUGACUGUCAAUGCCACCUGCUCUGACCUUGACGGCGACAGUGAGAGUUCAUCUUGUGAUCUGGAUUCCAAUCUCUGA